UGGAGUCUCAUAAUCAGCAUCAUCGUGGUGGUAGCCAUCGCGAUGGCAGCAUGGUUCUUUAGCCCCAAAGGCGAGAACCAGACCGUCUGGCGCUCAAGUAUCAUAUUAUCCGUGGCGAGCUGUUGGCUCAUGUGGGCGAUCACUUUCCUCGCGCAAUGGCAUCCUCUCAUCGUACCCGAGCGAAGCGACUUGAGACCGGAAUUCAACGGCGGAAAAGUGCAAGGGAGCAGGGCGUUCUGA